AGGGGUUAGACCACUAUCCUCGAGCCUUCAAGCACGAACUGGUAGCAAUCGGGCUGGAAGCCCCCAGAGUCUGGAGAGCUCGUUCUCCUAGCUGCCUCCCUCCGCCUCCCCCCAUCCUCACCUUCCCCUUUGUGACUCCCGACUUCCUCAAGUCCUUCCCUCAAAUUCCACCCCCACAAUAGCACGUCCUGCGGCCCUUGGAAGUUUGCGAAGCGCUGUUCAAACAUCUCUGCAGAGAAAUAGGCGCUUGUGUCCCCGUCUUACAAGGGGGGAAACUAAGGCAAGCAGAAAUGAAGUGACUAGCCCAGGGUCUUAUAGAUCGUCUCUGAGGCUUCCUCAAAUCUGUGCUGCUCUAUUCACCUGCCGGCCUUCCCUCCGAACUUACCUGGAUGUUCUGUCUUCGUUUUUUCCCUGCUGUCGCAGGGCUGGCUGUUGUUUCCCGACGGUAUUAUGGAUCAUCACAGCUUACUCAGAGUAGGCGCCGACUGAUGAUGGCAGCUUUUCUGGGAACAUCUGCAGUAGCAGCAAGCACAGGCCUCUUAUGGAAGAGAGCCAAUGCAGAAUCUCCACCAUCAGUAAACAAAGAUGAAAGUAAAGAAAGUGAUGAAGAAACCAGUAAAAACGUUAAUGAUCUUGGUCCAGCAGAAGAGAAGAAGAAGAAGAAUUCUGGAUUCAGGGACCGAAAGGUAAUGGAAUAUGAGAACAGGAUUCGAGCCUACUCUACUCCUGACAAAAUUUUCCGAUAUUUUGCUACCUUAAAAAUAAUAAAUGAGCCUGGUGAAGCUGAAGUGUUUAUGACUCCACAAGAUUUUGUGAGAUCCAUAACCCCCAAUGAAAAGCAGCCAGAACAUUUGGGCCUGGAUCAGUACAUAGUGAAACGCUUUGAUGGAAAGGAUUUCUGGCAGAGGAUAUCUCAGGAACGAGAGAAAUUUGCUGAUGAAGGCAGCAUAUUUUAUACACUUGGAGAAUGUGGACUCAUCUCCUUUUCUGACUACAUUUUCCUUACAACCGUCCUUUCUACUCCUCAACGGAAUUUUGAAAUUGCCUUCAAGAUGUUUGAUUUAAAUGGAGAUGGAGAAGUAGACAUGGAGGAGUUUGAACAGGUUCAGAGCAUCAUUCGCUCCCAAACCAGCAUGGGUAUGCGCCACAGAGAUCGUUCCACCACUGGUAACACCCUCAAGCCUGGCUUGUGUUCUGCCCUAACAACCUACUUUUUUGGAGCUGAUCUCAAAGGGAAGCUGACCAUCAAGAACUUCCUAGAGUUUCAGCGUAAACUUCAGCAUGAUGUCCUGAGGUUAGAGUUUGAGCGUCAGGAUCCUGUCAAUGGGAGGAUCACUGAGAGACAAUUUGGUGGAAUGUUGCUGGCCUACAGCGGGGUGCAGUCCAAAAAGCUGAAAGUGAUGCAGAAGCAGCUCAAAAAACAUUUCAAGGAAGGAAAGGGCCUGACAUUUGAAGAGGUGGAGAACUUCUUUACCUUCCUGAAGAACAUUAAUGAUGUGGACACUGCCCUGAGCUUUUACCACAUGGCAGGAGCAUCCCUGGAUAAAGCGACCAUGCAGCAGGUGGCAAAGACCGUGGCUAAAGUGGAACUCUCAGACCAUGUGUGUGAUGUGGUGUUUGCACUCUUUGACUGUGAUGGCAAUGGGGAGCUGAGCAACAAAGAGUUUGUCUCCAUCAUGAAGCAGCGACUCAUGAGGGGCCUGGAGAAGCCGAAAGACAUGGGCUUCACUCGCCUCAUGAAGGCCAUGUGGAAGUGUGCUCAGGAGGCUGCCUGGGACUUUGCCCUCCCCAAAUAGGGGCCUGAGUGCCCGGAGGGCGCGGACUGCCCAGGCAGCCCGGGGAGGGGCCGCAGGAGAGGCCAGCCUGGCAGCCUGUUCCCUUCAGAGGCAGAGCCGGGUCGACCUCGCCGGCCAUUUCCUCCCUUUUCCCAGGAUUUAGUCUACACAAGGAGCUCUCUCUGUGUCUCCUUCACUCUCCGCCUGCCCAGCCUGGCCUUCCAGAAUGCCCGGCAUUGUCCAUGUCGCAUAAUCAGGAUUUGGACACAUGUAAGCUAUGGGAGGUUGAUGGGUGGGCCUGGGGUUUGAGGGCGACAGAGACCGAGGAAGCGCCCCAGGGAAACAUUCAGGGCCCCCUUUCCUUCCUGCUUUGCUUUUACCUUAACAAUAUUUCUUAAAGGAAGUUUUUUGCUUUUCUCUUCACUUACUUUUUUUAAGAGAACCCCACAUUGGGGGAACUUCUGAACAGCAGGGCGAGUAUCUGUGACUAUCCCCAGGUUAGCUCUAUGUCUAACUUGCUCUGAGAAAAUAAAGGUCACCAAGAGAAAACCA